AUGCUCUGGAACCGACGAGGGCUCCUAGCCCAUAUAUCGAGUCUUGCUCUCUUUGCGACGACGACGACGACGAAUGGUGCGGCAAUCGAUGCGCAACAGCCUCUCGCGCCUCCCGAGGGUGUUAUGCCAACGACCAUCUCCACGCCCUUCUUCGCCGAACUCGAGCGCCUUGCCCGCCUUGUCGACAUCAGUUACUGUAUCGGAAACACGGGCGUCAGUGAACCCUUUCAAUGCGUUUCCCGCUGUAACGAGUUCCCCACGGUUUCGCUCGUUACGACAUGGAAUACGGGUCUACUUAUGAGUGACAGCUGCGGCUACGUGGCCAUCGAUGACGGAGAGCGGAGGAACGACACGAGCCCUGAUGACAGAGACGAUUUUGGGGAGAAGGCAAUCAUUGUAGCCUUUCGUGGAACGUAUAGCAUCACCAAUACGGUGGUGGACCUCAGCACAACACCGCAAAAGUACACAUCAUACCCUUCACCAGACCAUGGAGGCGGCGAGCCGCCGGAGAAACCAUCGCAUGAGUGUUCAAACUGCACUGUGCACUCGGGCUUCCUGCAAUCGUGGAAGACGGCGCGGGAGGAGGUGAUCCCACAGCUGAUCAACCUGAGGGAGCAGCAUCCCGACUACCCAGUCCACUUGGUCGGGCACAGUCUGGGCGGCGCGGUUGCCUGUCUGGCCGCGCUGGAGUUGAAGAUCUCCCUGGGCUGGGAUGAUGUGGUUGUCACCACUUUCGGUGAGCCUCGAGUCGGCAACCCUCGGUUUGCUCGUUUCGUGGACGAAGUGUUCGCUCUCAACGGCAAAGAAGACGAAGAAGAAGACUUCGAGAAACGGUCUUACCGCCGCGUGACGCACGUGAAUGAUCCGGUGCCUCUCCUUCCACUGGAUGAAUGGGGCUACGAACAACACGCCGGAGAGGUCUUCAUCUCCAAGGGGUCACUGUCGCCGUCGGAAACAGAUGUUCACAGCUGCGUUGGGUACAACGAUCCAAGCUGCAGCGCUGGCGCGGACAGUUAUGCGCGCUACAGGCUGUGGCAAUUGUUCUUCUCGCACCGCGACUACUUCUGGCGUCUAGGUCUCUGUGUCCCCGGCGGCGACCCUGCGAACUGGGGGAGACAGCCAUAUGAGUACGACAAUGAGCUAUGA